AUGUCGAUCGUCGGUUACAAUUGGGAUAAUGAUCUCGGCCGAUUUGAAUCCUCGGUCAAUAAUUUGUUCGAUAACUUCUUCAGGGAUCUCAAUGUGCCCAGACGUUCCGGCCGCUCGAAUGCUAGGGAUAAUAGACUUUCCAAGUAUUGGGCACCUCCUCUCGAUGUUCAUGAGACCGAGAAAGAAUAUAUCGUUAAUGCCGAAUUACCUGGCGUUAACAAGGAAAACAUCAAUGUUGACGUGCGCGAAAAUGCUCUUGUGAUUUCGGGUGAAACAAAGCAAAAUCAAGAGUAUAAUGAAGGAAAUACUCAUAUUCAAGAACGUCGAUAUGGGUCGUUCCAUCGUGCCAUCAGUCUCCCUUCGAAUGCCAAGUCUGACGAGAUCUCGGCCAAAUUUGAACAAGGCAUUCUUGAGGUGAAGAUUCCUAAAGGUGAAGCACCUGGUAACAAGAAGGUUACCGUUCAAUAA